UUUCAAUCAUAGUUUCUGAACAAACUGGCAACAGUAACCUUUCAAAAAUGUCUGUAAUUUUUCAGACUGUAAUAAAUUUAGGAAAAUUACAUUCUUUCAGGAAACGAUUAAAUUAUUCAGUAUCUACAUGUAGAUGUUUACUAGUCAGAAAAUAUUCAGAUGUUCCAAGGAAAUUUAUUUCUUUUGAGGAAGUUGCGGCUCAAAGACGGGCUCAAGCGAGACGGAGCUUGGUCGUCCAAGUGAAUUCAGAGUCUUCGUUCAAAGAAUUACACGGUUAUUGCUCCGAAUAUUCUGAUAUAAAAGGCGUUCAUCACUAUAACAAUUCCUCUGGAGAGCAUUUCAUGCUCAUAGAGUUUGCAUCAGAAGAAAACCUGAAAGACGUCUUAAAAACAUGCAGCGCCCAUCAGAAAGAUGUGGAUGUUAUGUCACUACAGUCACCAUUCCUGUGGUUCCGAGCUGUCCAAGGCAAGCGGGAGAAGUAUACCACACCGGACACCUCUUUAGCAAUAACGGAGGGUAAUGCAGCCGUGAACGAAGACAAGCUGUUUGAGGGGUUAACAACCUGUGCCUCAGUUUCAGAUCAGAUACAGAUGUUGUAUGAUCAGACUGUCUUGAAUGAUGUUGGUGUCCGACUGAGGUAUAUGGUGGCUAGGCAGCUAGAAGUGAUAUUUGCAAGUUUGUACAGCAACAUAGCAAUCAGGCCAUUUGGUUCUUCAGUGAAUGGCUUUGGCAAAAUGGGCUGUGAUCUAGAUCUAGUGCUGACUAAUGUGCUGCCUGAGGAAAUGAGCGACCCAAAAAAGCGUCUAGUCUACCACGAGAAGAAAUGCGAGGGCGGUCGCAACCCGUGGCAGAGACACAUGGAGCUAGUGGCUGAGCUGCUCGAGCUGAGAGUGCCGGGCGCCGGCCGAGUCACGAGGAUACUGAACGCACGGGUGCCCAUCGUGAAGUACACGCACGAGUUUACUGAUGUGGAGUGCGAUCUGUGCUAUAAUAAUAUGUCAGGAGUCUACAUGUCCGAGCUUCUCUGGCUCUUCGGCUCGUUGGACCCUCGAGUGCGGCCCCUCGCCUUCGUGGUCCGUCGCUGGGCGCACACGGCUGGUCUGACGAGCCCGCACCCGGGCCGCUGGAUCACCAACUUCCCUCUCACUCUGAUGGUGCUGUUCUUUCUGCAACAGAAGACGAAGGAGGGUGUGGUUUUGCCGCCGCUGAAGUAUUUGGUGCAGAGGGCUGGCAAAGAAGAUGUGAGAAUAGCAGAAGACAACCUCAACUGCACAUUCCUCCGAGACAUGAACAAGCUACCUCCAGACACGUACUCACAGAACACCGCUUCUUUAGAGACCCUAUUGGUCCAAUUCUUCGAGUUCUACGCACAAUUCGACUUCCAAGACAAAGCCAUUUCCAUCAACGAAGGCACGGCCGUGCGGAAACCAAACGGCCUACCUUUGUACAUAGUGAAUCCGUUAGAACAGACAUUGAAUGUUAGCAGAAAUGUAAGUUAUGAAGAGUGUGAGAGAAUUCGGAUGGAGGUAAGAAACGCCGCGUGGCAGUUAGAAACAGCUAUGGAGGAAAAGACGGAUGAUUGGGGAUUGCUGUGUUUAAUCGAAAGGAAAACGUCCAGAGGAUUGAAGAAGCUACUAAGAGUAGGGAAUUCCCAGAGGUUAGUUUCAGUGAAAGAUUUGUUCAAAGAUGACGAUAGUGUGCCCGAAGAGAACGAGUUGAAGAGUAAACUGGAGAAAUUAGCGACGAAAAGUGUGGCGGAAAACAGUGAUAAGAAAGAGAAAGGUGAUGGGAAAUUCAAGAAUUCGUCAGUCGCGAAUGCGGUGAGAAGGAUUAGGAGACAAAAAUGGACGUGAGAUUUGGUGUUGUGGUGGGAAAAGAUGCGUUAGGUUUUAAAUGUCUCACUGCUUUAUAUACGAGUCUGAUGUUUAAUAAUAAAAAUAGUAACAAAUUAGGUGAACCUAUUCCUCAAAAGUAUGUAUGUGUUGUAAAUACAAAUAGUUUUGUAUGUCUGUUCGUUGAGUGAAAGAUCCAAAGUUUUGUUGUGUUUGAUUUAUAUUAGAUAUUGUUAUACACUUGAGAGCAUACGUGAAAUUGUAAAUAAAAUA